UGUUCCGCCGGCAUCAGUCUUUACCGAGCACUCAACGCGGCCGUACUUUCGAUAUCGUCAUACCGAUUUCUCAGAGUGAAAAAAGAGUUUCAGUAAAAGUGAUUAAGUAAAAUAGAGAGAAAAAAAAACCCAGUCAUGAGGCUGAACUCCGUCAUCCCCAACUUCAAGGCCCAGACCACCCAGGGACCGAUAGAUUUCUACAAAUGGCAGGGAAACUCGUGGGUGGUGCUGUUUUCGCACCCAGCUGACUUCACCCCGGUGUGCACAACGGAGCUGGGACGAAUCGCGGUUCACGCGCCGGAAUUUGCCAAGCGAAACACGAAAGUCCUCGGACUUUCCUGCGACAAGCUCCAGGAGCACGUCGACUGGGUGAACGACAUAAAGUCCUACUGCCAGGACAUCCCCGGGGACUUUCCCUACCCCAUUAUAUCCGAUCCCGAUCGCACCCUCGCCGUACAGCUGGACAUGAUCGACGAGGAGAACCGGAAGAAUCCCGACUUCGCGCAGACGGUUAGAGCCCUCUACGUCAUCAGUCCUGAUCACCGUCUUCGCCUGGCGAUGAUCUACCCGACUUCGACUGGACGCAACGUCGAUGAAAUUCUCAGAGUCAUUGACUCCCUGCAGCUGGUUGAUCGCAUCCCAGAAGUUGCAACACCAGCCAACUGGGUGGUAAGUGACUUAAUUAUUUUCAAACGAGUUCACCGAUUUGGAACAAGGAGAUAAAAUCAAAGAUCAUCAAAAUUCAACUGUCACUUCACAGACAAGUUCAUUUGGUUAUCCCAAUCCUUACAGUCUCGCGAAUUGUUUGACUGCAAAAAACCUGUAAAGUAAUUAAUGUCUGAUAGGAAUCAUGCUAUUUUAUAAAAUUUUCUUCUUCCAGCCUGGAGAAAAGGUAAUGAUUCUUCCCACGGUGAAAGAUGCCGAUAUUC